AUGGUGAAAUCUUACCUCCGGUAUGAACCUGCGGCAACUUUCGGGGUAAUAGCUUCUUUAGAAUCCAACAUCAGCUACGAUAGCUCAGGGAAGUUUCUUCUCUCUCCUGCUCUUGAAAAAGUGGCUGUUUGGCAUGUUCGUCAAGGUGUUUGCUCCGAAACUCUCUCUCCUUCUGCUGCAUCUCCUGCCCCUUCUCUUGCCGUCACUGCUAUAGUUUCGUCUCCCUCCUCUUCUCUGGUGGCUGUUGGGUAUGCUGAUGGGAGCAUAAGAAUAUGGGAUUUUAGUAAGGGAACUUGUGAAACAACAUUGAAUGGGCAUAAAGGAGCUGUGACUGCUCUUCGUUACAAUAGUAAUGGGUCAAUGCUAGCAUCUGGUGGCAAAGAUAAUGAUAUUAUCUUGUGGGAUGUGGUGGGCGAGACUGGCCUUUAUCGUCUACGUGGGCACCGUGAUCAGGUGACAGACCUGCUUUUUCUGGACUCUGGGAAAAAGCUAGUUAGCUCCUCGAAGGACAAGUUUGUUAGAGUCUGGGAUAUUGAGACCCAACAUUGUAUGCAAAUAGUUAGUGGCCAUCAUAGCGAAAUUUGGUCAAUAGAUAGUGAUCCGGAGGAAAGAUAUGUGGUCACAGGCUCAGCCGACCUCGAAUUGCGGUUUUACACUGUAGUCAAGCAUGAUUUGGAAGGUGGAGCAACUCUAGGAAGUUCUGAUCAGAAGGAGUCAGUAGAUGAUGGUCUUAUAUCAGGCAGUAACAAGUGGGAAGUCUUGAAGCAUUUUGGUGAAAUCCAGAGGCAAACCAAGGAUCGAGUUGCAAAGCUAAGAUUUAAUAAGCCUGGUACUCUUUUAGCAUGUCAAGUGGCAGGUAAGACAGUGGAAAUAUUUCGCAUCUUAGAUGAGGCUGAGUCCAAGCGCAAAGCUAAGCGCAGAAUUCACAGAAAGAAGGAGAAGAAAGAGAAGAAAGAAAAGAAAGAAAAAGAAACAGAGAAUGGUGAUGUAAAGCAUGCCUCAUUAGAGGAUGGGAGCAAUCCAACAAUUGUAGUCUCUGAUGUCUUCAAGCUUCUCCAUAUUUUAAGGUCUGGAAAGAAGAUAUGUUCAACUUCUUUCUGUCCAAUCAAUGCAAAGAAUUCCCUGGCCACAUUAGCCUUAUCAUUGAACAACAAUUCUAUAGAAACAUAUACCAUUGGUAGUGAUUCAAGUACGCAGACACUGGCUAUUGAGCUCCAAGGUCACCGUUCUGAUGUUAGAAGUCUUAGUCUUAGCCCUGAUAACUCUCUUUUACUGUCAACUAGCCACAAUGCAGUGAAGAUAUGGAACCCGAGUACUUGUAACUGUCUUCGAACAAUUGAUUCUGGUUAUGGGCUAUGCAGUAUGUUUGUUCCUGGUGAUCAGAGCAACAAAUACGCACUUGUUGGAACUAAAGGUGGCAAGAUUGAGAUUAUAGAUGUUGCCAGUGCUACAUGUGUGGAGGUAGUGGAGGCUCAUGGAGGCCCCAUCCAUUCAAUUGCUGGCUUGCCCGACAAAACCGGUUUUGUUACAGGCAGUGCAGACCACGAGGUUAAGUUCUGGGAGUAUCGCAGAUUGAAGAAGUCUGGUGAAGGCUUGGAGCGCUUAACGGUAUCAAAUGUGAGGACAAUGAAAAUGAACGAUGAUGUUUUGAAGAUUGCCCUGAGCCCGGAUGCAAAGUAUAUUGCUGUUGCAUUGCUGGAUUGCACAGUGAAGAUCUUCUUUGUGGAUACAUUGAAAUUCUUCCUUACACUCUAUGGUCACAAAUUGCCUGUGUUAUGUAUGGAUAUAUCAUCUGACGGGGACCUGAUAGUUACGGGGUCUGCAGACAAAAAUUUGAAGAUAUGGGGUUUGGACUUUGGUGACUGCCAUAAAUCAAUCUUUGCUCAUGCUGACAGUGUCAUGGAUGUGAAGUUUGUUCCUAAUACUCACUAUGUAUUUAGUGUUGGAAAGGACCGGCUUUUGAAGUACUGGGAUGCUGAUACAUUUGAAUUGCUUUUGACUGUUGAUGGACAUCAUGCAGAGAUAUGGUGUCUUGCACUCAGUAGUCGGGGUGAUUUUAUUGUCACAGGAUCUCAUGAUAGGUCCAUACGACGUUGGGAUCGCACUGAUGAACCAUUUUUCAUUGAGGAAGAGAGAGAAAAAAGAUUGGAGGAAAUGUUUGAGGCUGACAUCGAUGGUGCAUCUGAUAAUAGAUAUGCCCCAAAGGAUGAGCUUCCGGAAGAGGGUGCUGUGGCAUCAGCAGGAAGAAAAACUCAAGAAACCUUAACUGCAACUGACUUGAUUAUUGAAGCACUGGAUAUGGCAGAAGCUGAAAUAAAGCGUAUUGCUGAAUAUGAGGAGGAGAAAGCAAGGGGAACCGUGGCCAAAUUCCAGUCUAAUAUACUGAUGCUUGGACUUUCACCCUCUGAUUAUGUUCUUCGCUCAGUUUCAAAUGUCCGGCCCAAUGAUCUUGAACAAACUUUACUAGCAUUACCGUUUUCAGAUGCUUUAAAACUGCUUUCGUAUUUGAAAAACUGGACCACCAAUUCUGAAAAGGCUGAGCUCAUCUGCAGGGUUGCAGUUGUAUUGUUGCAGACGCAUUAUCAUCAGUUAAUAAGCACACCUUCUGCAAGACCUGUCUUGAGUGAACUCAAAGAUAUUUUGCAUGCAAGAGUGAAGGAAUGCAAAGAUACUCUUGGCUUUAAUCUUGCAGCAAUGGAUCAUCUCAAGCAACUAAUGGCUAUGAAGUCUGAUGCACCAUUCAGAGAUGCGAAAACAAAGUUGCUAGAAAUCCGUUCAAGGCUUGCCAAACGAAAUGAUGAAAGAACAGACACAAGAGAGGAACGGAAGAAGAAAAAGAAGCAAAAGAAGGGAAGUGAUGGACAUGCCUGGACUGUAGUGCAAUAAGAGCAAGAUACAGUCGUGGAAAAAUGGUCAAUGCAUUUGUACAAGGUAUAAAUUACCUGUAUGCUGCGCUGAACAUUCAAGAUGCCUUUUAAGGCCAUCAUCUGGCGCACAAAUUGAAGUCGUGUUUUUGCACAAUUUUCCAACGUAACACCGAGGAAGAAGAGAAAUGGAUCUUGGAUCCCAUGAUUUGACGCGGUUUAAUGGUGAACCUUGAGUUUUGAUUACCAUGUUGCUCGCUGAGAUAUCUAAGCCUUUAGCAGGUGACAAUUGGACUGCUGGUCUGGUUCUUAUAGGUGGACAUACAUCCAUUCACUUCUCUUCCUUUGUGUUUUAAGAAGAAGGUGAAAAUCACCUCUAAGAUGGAGUAGUGAAUUGAGUUCUUACAUGUAUUCUUCUUUAGUUUGUAGCCUUUGAGUUGUUGAUUCAGUUUGUGCUUGCUUUUCUUUACAGUUGUGUAUAUAUCCAAAGAUUAAUCAAUUUUGGUGAUUCUUGGUGAAACGAGUUUUGUUUUGUAUAACAAGUUAAUUAUUUCCCCUGCCAUAUUCCAGACCGUUGCAUAUCAUGAAAUUUCAAUUUUAUUAAUAUUAAGUGAAUUAUACAA